AUGGCUAGAUUGAUUGUGGGUUUGGGAAUUGUCAUGCUAAUGUUUAUAGCAUUGGCAGAGGCGACUCCCCCGGGAAUAGCUGAUCAUCCAAGCCAUUCUCAUUGCUCAGAUGAUGAGAUUAAGCAAUGUAAAAAUCUUCCUCAUGUCUGUCCCAAAUUCUGUCCAAAUGGCUGCAUAACCGAAUGUCGUUCUUGCAAGCCUAUUUGUGUUGAUGGCCCAUCUCCAACUCCACCACCUUCAGUGCCAUCCUCAUCUCCACCUCCUCCAGCUUAUCCACCACCUACUCCUAAACCACCCACACCUAAGAUGGUCAAGUGCAAGAACAAGUACUACCCUAGUUGUUAUGCUAACCAGCAUGCAUGCCCUACCUCUUGCCCCGAGAGUUGUCAAGUCGAUUGUGUCUCUUGCAAACCCGUUUGUAAAUGUGACCAGCCUGGAGCAGUUUGCCAAGAUCCACGAUUCAUCGGUGGAGAUGGAAUUACCUUUUACUUCCAUGGCAAGAAGGACAAAGAUUUUUGCCUAGUUUCAGACCCUGAAUUCCACAUAAAUGCACACUUCAUCGGAAGGAGAAACGAGAACAUGAAGAGAGACUUUACUUGGGUACAAUCCAUUGGUAUCCUUUAUGGAACUCACAAAAUCUCAGUUGCUGCACUAAAAACAUCAACAUGGGAUGAUUCCAUUGACCGUCUAGCCCUUCAUUUCAACGAUGAACCAAUAUUUCUUCCUGAAAGUGAAGGCGCGAGUUGGAAGUCUGAAACUGUACGUAAGACCUCAAUUACAAGAAUCAGCAAUACUAACGAGGUUGUCAUUGAUGUAGAAAAUGUAUUGACAAUCACAGCCAAGAUUGUGCCUAUUACGGAGCAUGAAUCGCAAGUACAUAACUAUGGGAUAACGAGUGAUGAUUGCUUUGCUCAUCUUGAACUUGGGUUCAAGUUUGUAUCUUUGAGUGAUGAAGUGAAUGGUGUUUUAGGCCAAACUUAUAAGAAAGACUACGUGAGCAAAGUUAAAAUGGGAGUUUUGAUGCCAAUAAUGGGAGGUGACAGAAAAUUUGCAGCUUCAGGACUCUUCAAUGCUGAUUGUUCCGUAGCUAGAUUUCAAGCAAAUGAAGAACAAUCCGACAUUUUUAAGGCUCCCAUGAACUUAGAGCUUCCAAGUUUGAAUUGCAAUAGCGGAAUUUAUGGACGUGGAGUUGUCUGCAAGCGAUAG